UUUUAGAGGACCGCUCCAAUCCUCUCUCUCUCUCUCUCUCUUUCUCUCUCUCUCUCUCUCACACACACACACACACUCAAACUAGUAAAUCUUGGAAGCAAGUAAUGGAUUACUGCUUCAGAUCUCUCACUCGCUUGUCAGUUUCAACCAUUGUUCUCGCCAUCUUGCUUUCUUCAUUGAGUUUCACUUGCACAGAAGCCUAUGAUGCACUUGACCCAAAUGGCAACAUUACAAUCAAGUGGGAUAUUAUUAGUUGGACCCCUGAUGGCUAUGUUGCCGUUGUUACGAUGUACAACUUCCAACAGUACCGUCACAUUUCACCUCCAGGGUGGACCUUGGGUUGGACCUGGGCUAAGAAAGAGGUAAUAUGGUCCAUGAUGGGUAGUCAAACCACCGAGCAAGGAGACUGUUCAAAAUACAAAAGUGCACAACCACAUUGCUGCAAGAAAACCCCAACGGUUGUCGAUCUAUUACCCGGGACCCCUUACAAUCAGCAAAUUGCAAAUUGCUGUAAAGGAGGUGUUAUUAACUCGUGGGCCCAAGAUCCCAACAAUUAUGCCAGCUCAUUCCAGGUUAGCGUUGGUGCAGCCGGAACCACCAAUAAAACGGUCAAACCACCCAAGAACUUCACCUUGCUUGCACCGGGCCCUGGCUACACCUGUGGACCGGCUGUAGUUGGUAAACCAACGAAGUUCAUUACUCCAGACGGAAGAAGAGUAACCCAAGCUAUGAUGACAUGGAACGUUACAUGUACAUAUUCACAAUUUUUGGCUCAGAAAACUCCCACUUGCUGUGUAUCUUUAUCUUCUUUCUACAAUGAGACAAUCGUACCCUGCCCUACGUGCACAUGUGGAUGCCAAAAUAAUAUUACUCACCCUGGAAGUUGUGUAGACGCACACUCACCGUAUCUAGCUUCGGUCGUGAACGGCCCCGGUAAAAACACCCUGACACCUCUGGUUCAAUGCACAAAACACAUGUGUCCGAUUCGAGUUCACUGGCACGUGAAGCUUAAUUACAAGGAAUAUUGGCGUGUGAAGGUCACCAUUACAAAUUUUAACUACAGGAUGAAUUACUCCCAGUGGAAUUUAGUCGUUCAACACCCCAACUUUGAUAACCUUACUCAAAUUUUCAGUUUCAAUUACAAACCGUUGACUCCUUAUUCUUCUAUAAAUGAUACUGCUAUGCUAUGGGGGGUUAAGUUUUAUAACGAUUUUCUGAAUCAAGCUGGACCGUUGGGGAAUGUGCAGUCGGAGUUGCUAUUCCGUAAAGAUAAAUCGACUUUCACGUUUGAAAAGGGUUGGGCUUUUCCGCGAAGAAUAUAUUUUAACGGUGAUAACUGUGUGAUGCCACCGCCUGAUGCAUACCCGUAUCUUCCAAACGCCAGCUCUCGUUUAAGGUUCUCUUUGUUUACUAUAAUGUCAACGUGUUUGGCGGUUUUCUUUGUGUUUGUUUGAAAAGCCCUUGAAGAUUUUGCGCAUUCAUCUUCAAAAUCUGGUCACACUGAUGUUUCAAAUGUUUUUAUCUUGUAGAGUAGUUGAAGUUGUAGUGUUGUUUACAGUUACACUUAUAUAAAUUAAACCUACAUUUGAUAAGUUAAGUGGAUUUUUAGUCCAUACUUAAAGUUUUGUGGUGACGCGGAAUGAUAUCUUGUUAUUAUAUGUA